AUGUUUUCUGCAACUAUUCCUAGUGACAUAGUUAAACUUACUGAGAAGUACCUUAAUCGACCAGAACGUAUUUCUGUUGAUUGUGAGAAUACAACUUCUAUAAAAGAUGAGGAAAUUCUACAAAGUUAUUGUAAAAAUUUAAAUGAUUAUGCGAGAAGCAAAAAAAUAGAUUAUGUCAUUGGUCGUGAUUGUGAAUUAAAUCGCACUAUAGAAAUAUUAUUGAGGCGUAGAAAAAACAACCCUUUAUAUAUUGGAGACCCAGGUGUUGGCAAAACAACAAUAGUUGAGGGUUUGGUACUCAAGAUCAUUGAAGGCAGUGUUCCGAGUGCGCUCAGGUCCAGUAUAAUUUAUGCUUUGGAUUUAGGAUCACUCCUUGCAGGGACACGCUACAGAGGUGAUUUUGAAGAGAGAAUAAAAUCUAUAAUAAAAACGAUUGAGGUAAAACCAGGUGCUAUCCUGUUUAUUGACGAAAUACACACUAUCAUUGGAGCAGGUUCUACAAGUGGUAGCUUUCUUGACGCAGGUAACCUACUCAAACUUGCGCUUGCAAGAGGUACACUACGUUUUAUAGGUGCAACUACAUAUAGAGAAUACAGCACUAGUUUUGAAAAAGAUAAAGCACUAGCAAGAAGGUUUCAAAAAAUUAAUGUUAAAGAAUCUUCUGUUAAUGAAACGAUAAGGAUACUAGAUGGCAUAAAGCACUACUAUGAAGGGUAUCAUGGGGUAUAUUAUACAAAGAAUGCCAUUAGGUCUGCUGUUGAACUUUCGCAUAAGUAUAUUACUGGGCGAAUAUUACCUGAUAAAGCGGUUGAUGUUAUUGAUGAGGCAGGGAAUUAUGUAAAUGUACCAAAUGUGCCUUGCGGAUCUGAAUCUGAUGAUUUGCAGAAAGUAAAGUCUUUAAAAGCCAAUCUAGAAAAGGUGAUUUUUGGCCAAGAGAAGGCAAUAGAAUCUCUUGUUAAUUCUAUUAAAAUUGCUAAAUCUGGGUUGAGAAAUUACAAUAAGCCUUUAGCAAAUUAUCUUUUUGCAGGGCCAACUGGUGUUGGUAAAACCGAGCUAGCAAAACAAUUAGCAGAAAGCAUGGGCAUGAAUCUUAUACGCUUUGAUAUGUCCGAAUAUAUUGAAUCUCAUGCGAUAUCAAGGAUGAUUGGUUCUCCUCCUGGAUAUGUAGGUUAUGAUCAGGGUGGAUUACUCACAGAGUCUGUAUCUAACAAUCAAUAUAGUGUUGUGCUGCUUGAUGAAAUUGAAAAGGCCCAUAGCGAUAUCUAUAAUAUAUUGCUACAAAUUAUGGAUUAUGGGUGUAUUACAGACACUUACGGACGUAAAGUUAACUUUUCCAAUAUAAUUUUAAUUAUGACAACUAAUGCAGGAGCAGUUGAACGUAGUAAAAGUUUUGUUGGCUCUGGGCAUAAAAAUUUUAACAUUGGUGAUAGCGAAAAAGCAAUAGAACAGCUUGCAGUUGAUUCGGGAGUAAGUGCAUAUGCUGCUCCAGUUGGUAUGAUUGAAGCUGGUGCUUCAAUUUAUGCUGGAAUGCUUCCACUUAUUUUGAAACUUAAUAGUUUCAACUCCUUACAUUCAAAAAAUCUGACUUCUGAUCAAGCAAUAACCUCUUCUGUGAAAGAUGCACUGCGUUUGGGCUGCUUGGCUGUUGGAUUUACUAUAUAUCCUGGUUCUGCUAAGUGUUUUGAUAUGAUGGAAGAAGCCCGUGAAAUCGUAGCUGAAGCCAAAUCUUAUGGGCUUGCAGUAGUGCUAUGGUCUUAUCCACGUGGUGAAGUAAUUUCCAAAGAAGGUGAAACAGCGGUUGAUGUUAUUGCCUAUGCUGCGCACAUAGCAGCUUUACUUAGCGCUAGUAUAAUCAAAGUAAAACUUCCAACUAAAUAUUUGGAAAGGGAGGAAAUAGAAACAGAAAAUAUUGAAUCAUUAUCUAAAAGAAUUACUCGUAAAUAUGUUAAAAGAUCUUGUUUUGCAGGGAAAAGAAUAGUAGUUUUUUCUGGUGGCGAAUCGAAAUCAGUGAAUGAAAUAUGCAAUGAAGCGAAAGAAAUUAAGCAGGGUGGUGGUAAUGGUUCAAUCAUUGGACGUAACACUUUUCAACGCAAAAGGGAGGAAGCUUUAUCUAUGCUAAAAGAUAUAAUGGAUAUCUGCACAUAA